CUCCAAGCACUUUUUCAAAACCAAACUCAAUAAUCCGGUGCUUUCUUCUUCUCCAGCUCACUUCUCUGUCUUCUUCUCCAACACUGAGUACACCAAUCGGAGAUGGACAAAAGUGACACCAACCAUGCGAGACUUAGAGAGAUCAAGUGCGAGAGUAAUAUUGUUUUUUCAUGUGCAACAUGAGUGUAUUUUGAAAAUUUCAACCAGUUAUUCAAAAUUGUUUUUUUUUUCAAAAAAUAGAUCAUUCAAUAUUUUAUCCCAAUUUCUAAAAGUCAUAUCCAAGCACAUCAAACCCAAGUCCCUUAUAGGACUCCCAUAAAAUUCUACAACAAUUCCCAUCUUUUAUAAAUCAAAUUUCACAAAAGUAUUUGUUUUGAUUAUUAUUACCAACCAUUUAAGCUCAUUUUAGAUUUGUCUAGAAUUAAAAUAAUAACAAUUUUUUAGGGUGAAAUUAAUUUGAAUAUUGAAUGAAAUAUUUAAUCAAAAUUUUUCAGAGGUUACAAUUAAGAAGUUUACAAAGACUGAAAUAUAAUUAAUAUAUAUGGCAGUAGGAGGUGGCAGUUGGUGAUUUGUCUGUGACGGACCCUUCUCACGUAGCAAAGUCCAACUACGUUACCCGCCAAGCCAUUAUUUUCCCCCCACAUUUUGUAAACAAAUGAUUAUUACUAAUCUAAAGAUGGAAGGAAAUUGAAAUGCUUUGACGAAACGGUGUAUCGAACAACAGCGUAGGGUUGCGUUCAAAUUUGAACGUUGAAAAAUGCAUUUUUUUAAAUUCCUUAAUUGGUUCUCCUUCUUCUUCCUUUGCUUCUCUCUGUUUUAUUACUACCGCACACCCCAAAUCUCUCCCUAUUUCCUUCUCAAUAUGGCUCAAGGUUCCUCCAACUCCAUUUUUGAUUUCACUGUCAAGGAUAUUCGUGGGAAUGAUGUGAGCCUUAGUGAAUACAAGGGGAAAGUUCUUCUGAUAGUGAAUGUUGCUUCUGAGUGUGGUUUAACGAAGUCAAACUACAAGGAGCUGAAUGUAUUGUAUGACAAAUACAAAAAUCAAGGUUUUGAGAUAUUGGCAUUUCCUUGCAAUCAGUUUGCAGGACAAGAGCCAGGAAACAAUGAACAGAUUCAGGAAACUGUAUGCACAAGGUUCAAAGCUGAAUUCCCCAUCUUUGAUAAGGUUGACGUUAACGGGAAGGAUGCAGCACCAAUAUAUAAAUUCCUGAAAUCACAAGAGGCUGGCCGUGGACUAUUUGGCGAUGGCAUCAAGUGGAACUUCACAAAGUUCUUAGUGAACAAAGAAGGGAAGGUAGUUGGUAGAUAUGCUCCAACCACCUCGCCUUCCAAGAUUGAGAAAGAUAUCGAGAAUCUAUUGCAAUCUGCUUGAAAACAAGGUCAGAACCAUACACAAUGAACUCCAACAGUGCUUAUUUACAUGGUUUGUUAGUUAUGGGAUUGCAUAUUUUCUUAUUUACAUGGUUUGUUAGUUAUGGGAUUGCGCUGACCAUAUUUUCUCUAAACCUUGCAUACAUAUAUACAGUGUUACGUGGUGAAAUUUGAAUUUUAUUUAAGAGAUCUUCAUUCACACUUGUUAGUUGUUAUCCAUUUGGUCAUAUGUAAAAGUGAAUUGUGUUACGUGGUGAAAUUUAAAUUUUAUUUAAGAGAUCUUCAUUCGCACUUGUUAGUUGUUA